CCAUGUUUGCGGAAGCUUGGCUGCAGCUAGCGCAAAGCUGAUGAUUAUUUCGCUCUGACUGUUGGUUCGGGUUGUGUUUUCUUGUACAAAAUGAAUUUACCAAAGGGACCGGAUUCUUUGUGCUUUGAUAAGGAUGUUUUUAUGAAGGAUGACUUCGAUGUUGACCAGUUUGUGGCUGAGUGUCGUAAGCAGGUCCAGCUGGAAGAACUGAGAGAGGACCUGGAGCUCUACUACAAGCUGCUGAAAACAGCCAUGGUGGAGCUCAUCAACAAGGACUAUGCAGACUUUGUUAACCUCUCUACCAACCUGGUGGGGAUGGACAAAGCCCUAAAUCAGCUUUCUGUGCCAUUAGGACAGUUACGGGAGGAAGUUAUGAGUCUGCGUUCCUCUGUGAGUGAAGUGAUACAAGCGAUAGAUAACCAGCUCUCUAAACAGGAGGACCUGCAGAAAAAAAAGGUGUGUGUGUUGAGGCUGAUUCAGGUUGUACGCUCAGUGGAGAAGAUUGAGAAAAUCCUCCACUCACAGAAUUCCAAGGAAUCCAGCUCUCUGGAGAUCAGCAGCCCCUUGUUAGCAGGACAGAUCCUAGAGAGAAUUGCAACAGAAUUCAACCAGCUGCAGUUCCAUGCUGUACAGAGCAAAGGCAUGCCCCUCCUGGACAAAGUCAGACCUCGUAUUGCAGGGAUCACGUCUAUGCUGCAGCAGUCUCUGGAGGGUCUGCUGAUUGAGGGCUUGCAGACGUCAAAUGUGGACAUGGUACGUCACUGCCUGAGGACUUACGCCACCAUAGACAAGACUCGAGAUGCCGAGGCCCUGGUUGGACAGGUGCUGGUCAAACCAUACAUGGAUCAGGUGAUAGUUGAAGAAGUGGUAAAGUCCAGUCCAAGUGGUCUCCAGAUGAUGUACUCUAGACUUCUGGAGUUUGUUCCUCACCAUUGCAGACUUCUCAGAGAGGUGACUGGAGGAGGCAUAUCCAGAGCUGACAUAGUACCAGGUUAUGAUUUCCUGGUAAACUCUGUGUGGCCAGAGAUGAUCAGAGGCAUAGAGGAAAAGUUAGCCUACAUCUUUAACCCUGGAAACCCCGACACAUUCUACGAGCGUUACAGUGUAACUAUGGAAUUUGUGCGGAGGUUUGAACGACAGUGCAGCUCACAGGCCAGUGUGAAGAGACUGAGAGUACACCCCUCAUAUACAGGCUUUCAAAACAAGUGGAACCUGCCUGUCUACUUUCAGUUACGGUACAAGGAAAUAGCAGGACGACUAGAGAAUGUCAUAAGUGAUGGACUAGUGGCAGCACCAGCUGGCAGUGCAUACCACCUGCAGGUAUCUGAGGUGCUGUGGUCCUGUUUAGUGAGGUGUUGGUCAGAGGGUGUCUAUCUGUCACCUCUGGCACAUCGUUUCUGGAAGCUUACGCUGCAGCUGUAUGCAAGAUAUGCCAAAUUUCUUGAUGAGGUGCUGACUAAGACUCCAUCCCCUGAGGUGACUAAGGAGCCAAUCAGGCCUCUGCCGAGCUCAGCUUCUUCCACAUCCAGCCGAACGUCACUGGACGAGGGUGGCAGUGAGAGUGGGAGCCCUGCCUCUCUGUCCACCAAACAGCUGGUUUACAUUGCAGCGGACAUCCAAAAGCUGCAGGAGCAGAUUACAGAGUUGUCAGAGAUGGUCAGACAGCGGUUAGAAGCCAUUGGAUUCAAAAACUUUUCUCUUGUGGAAGAUGCUCUAGCAGACUCCAAGGCUUGCCUGUCAAGCAGCAUUCCCGCUCUUAACACUAAGAUGACCCAGCAUCUGACUGAACGCUGCUGUCGAUGCCUGAAAAGUGCCUCUGAGGUUCCGCGACUUUACCGCAGGACUAAUAAAGAUAUCCCGGUGCAUGCAUCAGCAUACAUGGACAACGCCUUACGCCCGUUACAUCAGUUACUGACUGACUCAACAGGGCUGGUCACCCCUCAUGUAGCACAAGAGUGGCUGCGGGUUGCGCUGUCUGAGUGCAUACAGAAGUACUACGAGACCAUCUCAGAGGUGCUAAGCUCAGUGAGAAAGAUGGAAGAGAGUUUGAAACGCCUGAAACAAGCCAGGAAGGGUGCAAAUGCAACAACAACAGCAGGAGCAAAUGGCGGACCCACAGAUGACAGCAAGAUUCGUCUUCAGCUGGCACUGGAUGUGGAACACCUGGGAGAACAGAUCCAGAAGAUGGGUCUUCAGCCAACUGACAUCUCCCUGUUCUCCACUCUGAUGGAUCUUGUGAAGGAAGCCAGAGAGCUCGCUGAACAGAACCAGUAAAACACUGACUCAACCGUGGCUGAAACGCUUUAAUGUGCUGCACUCAUCUGCACAUUUCCUGGAGGACAAGCACUUGUCCCAGUCAUAUUCUGGUAACAUUUGAUGGGGAUUAGACUUUGAGAAUAAUGGAAAGAAUUAACACUACUGAAAAAAAUUUCAAGCAUUUGUUCCAAACCACUCAGUUUAAUGCAGACUUUAGAGCCAAGCUGUGAAUUGUUGACUGAUACAACAUAGACUCUAUUGCUGAAUCAUCUGUGGUUCUAAUGUAGGCAAUAUGGAUAAAAGGGACUGUAUGGUACUAUGAUCAAGAAAUAUUUAUGUAACUGUUGUAAUGUACAUUCACUGGGCCAGAAUGUUGCAUAGCAAUAGACAAAAUUUGCAUAGUUUUUAGUAUUUGGUGAUGGAUCAAUCUCAGAUAAAUAAGAUUAUUAGUCUCCUGUUACAUGUAUGUGUUCAAAUCAGAUUUGUAUAAUAUAAUAUGUUUAACAUGAAGGUAAUGAACUUUGUAUAGGUCUUUGAAUUCUGUGUUUUUAUUAUAAAGGCCAUUAGCUGGGUA